AUGGCAGAAGUCGAGCUUUUCAGGACGUGGUCAAGUCCAUUUGCUCUGAGAAUCGUUUGGGCAUUGAAACUUAAGGGCAUAGAAUAUGAAACCAUAUUUGAGGAUCUUUCCCACAAAAGCUCUCUACUUCUGGAGUAUAAUCCAGUCUACAAAAAAGUUCCAGUCCUCGUGCACAAUGGAAAACCAAUCUCGGAAUCUCUUGUAAUUCUUGAAUACAUCGAGGAUACAUGGAAGCAGACUGCUUUAUUACCUGAAGAUCCUUAUGAAAGAGCCACAGCUCGUUUUUGGGCAAAAUUCAGUGACAGUCGCAAAAGCAAGGGUAAUGUGACAGAAUGGGAGAAUCUUGACAUUAUCAGGUAA